UUUUGCGAAUGCUACAAAACAGAUUUCGAAAAGAGAAAAUGUCUGGAAGUUCUAAAAAUCUUUUAGUGCUACUAUAUAUUCUUUUUUAUGACCUGCGGAUUUGUAUUGCUAGCAUAAAAGAUGAAACACCGAUCAUAUACACGAUCCCUUUGCAAAACAACACGAUAGAAGCAGAGAAGUAUGAAAAUUUACCUGUGGUAGGGAAAUGCUGCGCGCUGAAUGAGGUUUUUGUGAAAAAUGGAACUCCCGCCGUUUGCUCAACUUCCAAUUCCUCAAUUGCAGGAACAUUCCUUCCUCUUUUCCAUGGCUUUAAUUCAAGCGGGUACGAGGUCCCUGGGGACAAAGAGAGUGUAUUUGUUGCGAUUACAGGGAAUCCUUGUGAGUACAAAUAUAAAUUAGAUCCAGACGAAAACAGCGAGGAUGAUAAUUAUUUAUUAUUAAACGGAUCUGUAUACGUACCUCAUCAUAAUCCAGUAAUGUUGCAACCUGGAGUCGAUUAUUGCAUGGAAUUUACCGAAGGAUUAGGACUUGAAACCUUCGUAUGUUUUCCUAAAGGUUUCAAAAUGAUGGUUGCGGACUCUCGAAUCACCAUCUUUACUUCCGGUCUUUUAAUAUCCGUGCCAUUUUUCAUUCUUACCAUCGUGACGUACUCCAUCACGCCGAAGUUGCGGGACGUUUUUGGAAAAGCACUGUGCCGUUACUGUGGAUGUUUAGCGCUUGCCUUUACCAUGUUAGCAACCACACAAUUAUGGAGUGUACACCUGUCGGAUCAAGCUUGUACUAGUAUAGCGUUCGUCAUCCAGUUCUCCUUCGUCGCAUGCUUCUUUUGGCUAAAUGUGAUGUGCAUCGAAAUGUGGUUGUUGGUGCGUAGCCACGUGGAUCGGGAUACGUAUACAAGGAUGAAGCCAAAGACGUUAUUCUUUUGGUACUCGUUAUGGUGUUGGGGUCCCUCGGUGAUAUUUAUCCUCGUCUCGAUGAUCAUGGAUCUCAGCCCAGCGAUACCCGCGACUUACGUCAAGCAGAACUUCGGGAAGGAAAGCUGUUGGUUCAGAUCGGUCAACGAAUCAAUGCCGUACUUCUACGUGCCAGUUGGAUUGCUCCUUGUCGGAAACGUAAUUCUCUUCACUUUAACAUUCUGUAAGUUAACUAAAUAUCAAAAGGAUCUCGACCUGAGGCGCCUCGCGAGGAAUGAGGAAUCAGAUCAACAAGAUCGAAAAUUUCUUCGACGACUAAUGAGAAGCACGAUCGUCUGUCUCAUCAUUUUCUUCUUGAUGGCUCUCAAUUGGACGAUGGAACUAAUAUCCUGGUUCAUGAACCGCGACAUUGUCGACUGGCCCUCCUUCGACUUUAUAAACGUUCUUCAGGGCGUGAUUGUUUUUGGUUUGUUUGUUCUGCAAAAACCACCGAGGGACUAUGUAUGGCACAGGAUACAACAAAUUCGCGGUAUCAAUGUGCCGGAACCUGAAGUUGGGAGCAUGGAACUCUAUCUGCUUCCAAUGAUGAAUGGAAACUCUACACCUAGACAAACGAUCAUUCCGUAA